GUCGCCAUGCAUACACAGGAAUGUAUUACAGCGCUCGUCUUCUCGGCGCGUUCACAGAACCUAUCUCAAGUCUACGAAGCCAGGUCUACAAAGGCCUUCAGUAUCAGCUCAAUGCUUCGCCAAAGGGCCGGCUGGGCUUGGCUGUCAGCGGUGGCGUAGAUUCCAUGGCGCUUGCUAGUAUCUGUAGCGAUUUUAAGAAAGAAAAUCAACUUCAUUAUUCCUUCUCCGGUUUCGUCGUCGAUCAUGGCUUGCGAUCUGAAAGCAGAGAGGAAGCUCUGCAAGUCGCCAAUGAGCUCCGACGUCUAGACAUCGAACCCGAGAUUCUGAAGUUGGACUGGACACCCUACGGAAAUCCCAAAGACCUGCCAAAUUUCGAGACUAUCGCUCGUCGGCUGCGAUAUCAGGCCAUUGGCAAAGCAUGCUUCCAACAGCGCAUCUCAACUGUUCUCGUGGGCCAUCACGCUGACGAUCUUGGGGAAACAGUAAUGUCCAGGAUUGUCGCUCGAUACCUCGGCGAGGGUCUGCAAGGCAUCAAGUGGACGGCACUGAUACCAGAGUGUGAGGGUAUCUAUGGCGUAGAUGCUAGCGGUAAACCGCACAGCAUCAAUAGCUCGAAUACGCAUACACGGAAAAAGGAGCGCAGAAAGUCGGCAAUGUCUGACGCGAUGCUGAUUGAAAGUGGAGGUGUAUAUCUGAAUCGUCCCCUGUUGCUCUUUACAAAGGCACAAUUAAUUGAAAUCUGCCAGAAAGAUAACGUGCAGUGGUUCGAAGAUGAUACCAACAGUGAUAAGAGCCUCACGAUUCGCAACACCAUUCGAUAUUUGCAACAGACUGGCAGCUUGCCAGCAGCACUUCAGCGACCACGUUUGGUGGACAUGGCCAAGACAAUCCGCGACAAGUACGGAAUGUACGAGCAACGAGCGAAGGCAAUUUUCGACAGCAUGUCCAUUCAGCUCGAUAUGCGCACGAGCACAGCUACAUUUAGCCUACCUGAAAAUGUCGACUUUGGUGCGACUGCCAACGGAGAAACAUACCGUGUCAGAGCUGUGCUUGCCAGGAAGCUGCUCAUGCUUGUGUCGCCUCUGCAUACCAUGUCCUUGCAAGACCUGGACUCAGCAGUUGAGUCGAUGUUUUCAGAGGCGUCGGAUAUUGCAACCAAGACCCAGAUACAAGGAGUCAUCAUACAGAAACAGUCCUUUCCUGGUGCAGAUAAAGGCACUAAUAUUACCAUUUCUCGGACACCUCCAGACCGCUUGUCCAUCAUGACACCUAUCAAGCUCAGCGCGCUCAGAGUAGAUGAUGAGCCCCCGCAUGAGGGACGACGUCGUUACUGGACGGAGUGGCUGCUCUGGGAUAACCGCUAUUGGAUUCGAGUAGGAUGCCUUUCCUCCUGCGAUGUCGAAGCAAAGCGUCUCCACUUCUUCGUAAACUUUCUUACUCCAGAAACGAUUCACCAUCUGCGAUCGAAGAGCUUCUCUCCGGGGGGAGCAGUCCGCGCUCGAGUCAACGCUGUUCUGCGUAUGGCUGGUGAAUCGAAGAAAUGGCAGCCCGUCAUUACGACGAAGCUUGAUGAUGGUGAUGGUGAUGAUGAUGAUGAUGAUGAUGGAAAAGGCUCAACUGGUAAAGGCAACUCAGCUGAAGAGGCAAUCGCGCUGCCAGCACUUGGCUGGACGAAGAGGACGGAAUUUGUAAAGCGCAUGGGAAUAGUGUGUCAAGCCCGAUACAAGGCUGUCGAAUUUGGAGAUGGAAAGCAUCACCAGGUGUAAGAAAGCCGCGCGCCAUCGUCGUCACAAGACUGGUAGAGAAAGACGGGCGCCAACUGUGUGAGCAACUGCCAAUACGAUGCAGCCUGGCACAUCUUGACGAAGCUUGGCCGCAUGGAGAACGAGCAGGUGACGCAUCAUAUUUACCGAAGGCCAGGUCAUAAUGAAUGCAGAGGAG